AUGCCUUUAGCCUCUCUUCCACCGGAACCGGUUAUUACUGAUGAGGAGUUUGAAAGAGAUGUUGAUCUCAUGAUGAUGGAUGAUGACUCUAUGCUAAGGAUACCUCCAUGGCUCAUGACCCUGAAAUAUAAGCUAGAUGGUAUAUGUUUACUGGAAACAAUGGUUAAUGAGGACACUGUUAGGAAAUACACCCAUCAUUUACCUUAUGAUACUUGGAUUAUUAUUCCUUCUGUUGGAAAAUCUGGAGGGAUGGCUUUUGGUUACUUUGAAAAAUCCACAAUAGAGAUUCUAGGUUACUCCCUGAACAUGAUCCAUAUACUGUGUGAUGUUUCGCCUACAAUCAAGAACUGUGUUGUCUCCUUUGUUUAUGGUUUUUUGAAUGCUUCUGGUAUGAGAAACCAAUGGAAUUUCCUUAGUGACAUGAAUGAUAAUAAUAACAAUCCUUGGCUGCUGUUAGGUGAAUUUAAUUUUAUUCUACAUGAUUCUGAUAAGCAAGGUGGUAACUCUAAUAGUUCAUUCCCUCCUAACUUUGUCAAAGAUAAGCUGCCGGAUAUGAAUAUGCAUGAAGUUGUCUCUUUUGGUAAUCCCUAUACUUGGUGCAACAGAAGAUUUAAGAAUCCUAAUGAGUUAAUUUUUGAAAAAUUCGAUAGGACUUUCAUGAAUGAUAGAUGGGUCUCUGUUCUUCCCCAAACACGUGCCACUAACUUAGGAAGAUUAUUUUCUGAUCAUUGUCCUGUUUUGGUUAAAUGUUUUCAUUGGGUUAGAAAUUUAAAUAUUCCAUAUAAAUUCUUCAAAUGUUGGCAAAUUAAUCCAGAAUUUAAAGAAGUUUUGAAUGAUUCGUGGUCUAAAAGGGUUGUUGGUUCUCCUACCUUUGUUGUUGUGAAUAAACUCAAGCAUGUAAAAUUUGAUCUGAGCAAAUGGAAUGUCAAUUCCUUUGGGCAUAUUAAGACUACUAUAGGUAGGCUCAACUCUGAGUUAGAAAAACUUCAAGCUCUUCCUUACUCCCCUCAGAUUGGUCAGUAUAUUUUGAAUUACUCUAAGCAAUUAGAUUAUUGGAAUAUGUACAACACAAUUCACACAAUUAGAGAUGAUCAAGGUAACUGGCUAGAAGACAAAGAUCAAGUUACUCAUUUGCUCUCUAUGCAUUUCAAAAAGAUUUUUACUUCUUCUAGUCCUGGUAAUAAUGUCAUUGAAGCUGCCCUUAGAUUUGUUACCCCCAUUAUCAGUGAUGAGGUAAAUUCCUCAUUGAUUGCCAUACCCAGCACUCAGAAGAUUAGAGAUACGGUUAACAGUCUUGCUUCCUGGAGUUCAUCGGGUCCUGAUGGUUUUCAGGCAGGUUUCUUUCAGGACAACUGGGAUAUUGUACAAGCCGAGUUUGCCUUUGUUGCCAAUCGUCAAAUUCAUGAUAAUGUUGUUAUUACUCAAGAAAUUAUGUUGGAGUGGUCUUUCAUUCUUGCUGUUUUUAAAAAACUGGGGUUCUCCGAUGAAUGGUGUCAUAUGAUAUCACAGUGUAUAAGUACUGUUUCAUAUUCUGUAUUAGUGAAUGGAUCUCCCAGUGAACCCUUUUACCAUUCUCGUGGUAUUAGGCAAGGGGAAUGUCUUUCGCCUUACAUUUUUAUACUUUGUAUGGAAGUUUUGUCUCAAUUGUUGGUUAAAGCGGAGGAUGAAAAGUUGAUACAAGGAUUCAGGUUUAAAAAGAACAGCCCUUCUAUUUCUCAUCUUUUUUUUGCUGGCGAUUGUAUGUUGUUUUACAAGGCUUCUGUCUCUUAUGCUAAGAACCUCCUCAAGAUUAUUGACACUUUUGCUCAGGCUUCACGUCAGGCAAUCAAUUUUGAGAAGUCUGGGUUUAUAACUAGUAAGAAAAUGAUCCCUAGUACUGAUGUGGAUCAUUUUAUGUUUAUUGAUGGCUCUUUUAAAGAUUAUAAUAUGGGUUUGGGUGUUAUAUGGUGUGACAUUGCAGGAAAUGUAAGAAGAUGUCGAUCGGACUAUGGUUUGAUGUCAGAUGCAAUAGGUGCUGAAGUUGCUGCUCUAAUUUUGGCCAUCUCUUGGGCAGAGUAG